CUGGCUGUCCUGGAGCUCACUCUGUAGACCAAGCUGGCCUCGAACUCAGAAAUCCGCCUGCCUCUGCCUCCCAGAGUGCUGGGAUUACAGGCGUGCGCCACCACCACCCAGCUCCAUGUCAUUAUUAUUAAGAACCAAAAGUACAUAUCAGGGGUCUCGAGACUGACCCCAAUGCCUAAAAUCCUGUUCCUGCAAAAAUCCCACGGUCCUGGUGAGGCGCUUUUACCAAGCAUUACCAGGCUCCAUGCCAAACAACCCUCGCUCCCACUUUCACUGUCCUGGAAAACAUGCCACAAACAACUGAGAGCCCUGGGCCUGGUGGCGGUCCAAGCCUCUAAGGCCAGAUCCUCAGAGGAGCGGAGAUAAGGGUCUAGAGAAGGAACAUAGAAGUAUCCGGGUGAACUGCAGUGAGCGUGCCCCAGCUGCCAGUGCGUCAGAGGCGGGUAAGGGUGACUUGGGUCCCUGCCAAGGAACGUUCUAGGCCACCAGAGUGCAGCGUCCCGGAGCCCUGCGCACUGCCGCGACUUCCUGAACUGUCUUUCCGCCCUUCCCUAGCAGUCGCACCGGUAGCCUCGGUCCCCUUUAAGAGGUCUGCGCACCGGGCCUCGCUUCCGCCAUGGCCGCUCAGCUGCUGGAGGAGGUGACUUGCUCCAUCUGCCUGUGUCGCUACCGGGACCCGGUGACGCUGCCCUGCGGGCACAGCUUCUGCGGGAACUGCAUCCAGGAUUCGUGGCGCCGCUGCGAUAAGACCUGUCCCGAGUGUCGCCAGCCCUUCCCCGAGGGCGCCAGGCUGUCCCGCAACGUGGCACUGAGCACCUUGCUGAAGGCGCUGCCCGCUGCCAUCCCGCGCCCGGAGUCCGCCACAGGCCCCAAGGCUCGCUGCCCGCGCCACGGGAGGCCGCUCGAGUUCUUCUGUCGCACGGAGGGGCUCUGCGUGUGCAGCGCGUGCACGGUGCACAGCUGCAGCCACCACGAGCGGGCGCUGCUGGACGUGGAACGCCGCGUGCGCGAGGACCAGCUGAGGGCUAGAGUACUGGUUACCCGGCAACAGGUCACCAAGGCAGAGACACAGCUUCAGGAGCUGCAGCAGCAAAGCAGUCGGAUUGAGAGUUCUGCCUACACCCUGACCUCGGCGGUCUCCAGGAGAUUCAGUAGCCUGCUUCAGGUGCUAGAGAAGCAGCAGGCCUCCACACUGAGUGAUAUUGAGGUAGCCAAGAAUCAGGCGCUGGGCCGCAUUCUGAGUGAGAAACAGCGGCUGACUGAGCACCUAAAGGCCCUGUCUCAGUAUGACCACAGUGUCCAGGAUCUCCUGGGGCAGGCGGAUGAUUCCAUCUUCUUCCAGGAAUUACAGCAGCUCCCUGAGUCCAUAGAGUCCCUCAGGCCACUGACCUCUCCACCAUGGGAUGAAGAGCAGCAGCUGAACAAUGUGAACCAGCUGCUUAGUCCGCUCUGUGAGCUCCUCCUUGACGAGAAGGACCUUCCCAAGGCCGCAGCCGGAGCUGCCGAUGCCGAUGCCGGCCCUGUGGGCCCUGCGGAGGCCUUGAGUCCCCUGUCACCAGUCCCCAGCACAGUGUGUCCACUGAGGAAGAAGCUCUGGCAGAAUUAUCGCAAUCUGACCUUUGACCCAGAGACUGCCAACCAGUAUUUGCACUUGUCUCACAAGGACCAGCAGGUGACACACCAUUUCCAGGCCCAGGGCCCAGCCAGGUCAGGCAGCUUCGAGCUGUGGCAGGUACAGUGUGCCCAGAGUUUCCAGACUGGACGACAUUACUGGGAGGUACGUGCCUCUGAUCACUCCGUCACUCUGGGCGUCACCUACCCAAAGCUAUCACGCCAAAAGCUGGGGACCCACACAGAUAACAUCGGUCGUGGACCCCACUCCUGGGGCCUCUGCAUCCAGGAGGACAGUAUCCAGGCCUGGCACAACGGCAAAUCCCAGCGCCUGCGUGGACUGCCUGGACGGCUCCUGGGCGUGGAUCUGAACCUGACCGCAGGCCGCCUCACCUUCUACAGCCUGGAGCCGCGCACGCAGCCGCUGCACACGUUCCAUGCAGUUUUCAGCCAGCCUCUCUUCCCUGUCUUCUGGCUCCUUGAGGGGAGGACCCUCGCUCUUUGCCACCAGCCUGAGGCCAAGCUCCCUCCCAGGCCCCAGGAAGAGGCCACACCACCCAGCUGAGGAAGGCACAGACAGGUGCCACUGUGCCUGUGUGCCCCAAAGUGGCGCCGCCUCUGGCUUGGUGACCAAAGGCCGGAACAGCUGGUGGUCUCUCUGUUGACUCAGAGGACAGAGAUGGGAGAGGAGUCCCUAAGUCAAAGUUUACUUUUUACUCUCUUGGAAGGAGCCAGGGUCCAGGAAGAAAUUAAAUAGGAUGCACCAGCUCCAAGCAAGACCCAAGUUCUUGGCAUUGCGUGGGCAUCUAUCUUAGUUACUGUUCUAUUGCUGUGAAGAGACACCGUGACUAAGGCAACUCUUUUUUUUUUCUUUUGUUUGUUUUGAGACAGCGUUUCUCUGUGUAGCCCUGGCUGUCCUGGAACUCACUCUGUAGACCAGGCUGGCCUUGAACUCAGAAAUCCACCUGCCUCUGCCUCCCAGGUACUAGGAUUACAGGUGUGCGCCACCACUGCCCAGCCAGACUAAGGCGACUCUUAUAGAACAAAGCGUUUAACUCAGGGCUUGCUUCCAGUUUUAGAAGUUUAGUCCAUGAUUAUCAUGGUGGGAAGCAGACGGGCAUGGUGCUUGAGCAGUAGCUGAGAGGCUCACAUCCUGAUUACCAGACAUACAGAGAGAGAGAGAGAGAGACAGACAGAGAGAGAGAGAGAGAGAGAGAGAGAGAGACUGGCAUGGGCUUUUUGUAACCUUAAAGCCCACCCCAAGUGACCCACUUCCCCCAACAAGGCCACACCUCCUAACCCCUCUCAAACAGUUCCACGAAGUGAGGACUAGGCACAGGCCGUAGACAGCCAAUGUGGUGAUGGGUAUAGGUGCGGUAGACGUGCUUCCGUGAAGGUCCUAGAUGGUUUUGGUUUUCAUUUUUUUGCUGACAUUUCUGGAAGUAGAUUUUUUUUUGUACUGGGCAUAGAGCCUGGGGUGUUUCGAAUGCUGGCAUUCAAAGUUCUGACCUCUGUCACUGACAACAUCUAUAGCCUGGUGUAAUUUAUUGACUUGAGAUGCGCCACGUUCUGAUGUUGGCGGUAGUUACAAGGAUACCCACUUUUAUAUAAUGUCCUUUUCUUUUCUUUUGUAAUUCCCUAAGCAUUUGUUUUGUAUGCUCCUGGGCAAACAUCUCACAAUAAAUUUUUUUUAAUAAA